AUGACAAGUUCAUUUGAUUCUUCAAACCCUAAUCUACAAGUUAUUACUCCUAGCAAUGCACAAAAUAUUUCUUUUCAUGGUAUGUCGACGGGAGGUUCUAAUAAUGAUUUGAUGGUUGUAUGGGGUGGUGAAACAAUAAAUAUCACGGAUUCCAAUUCAUUAUUCUAUUUUGACACAAAAAAUCAACUAAUGACGGCUCCAAUUUCGUCGAAUACGCUUACUGGAAGAAUUUGGCAUUCAAUGGUUACUGGGGUCAAUGAUUCUGUAGUCUAUAUAUUUGGUGGAUAUGAUGGUUCAUCUGGAGAGCUACUAGGAGGUCAAAUAUCAUCACAACAGCACAAUUUUUAUAACGAUUUGUAUAAGAUGAAUACAAAUACAAAUAGUAUCAAUUUGGUAUCUGUAUCUAUGUCCGGCCAGCCGGGCACACCACUAACCAGAGCACAACAUUCGGCUACAAUUCUGAGUAAUGGAAAAAUUUAUAUAAUUGGUGGUAUUACUUCAAAUAGUUCUAUUGGACAGUUUGGGUUAGUUCCGAUCUCUGAAAUUGAUAUUUUUGAUACCUUAAAUAACAGUUGGUCUAAGGUUAUAGUUACAUCUACAGAUCUACCUCAGGAUCGAAGACUUCAUGGAGCUGUUGGAACAUCCAACAACCAGAUUAUAAUAUUUGGAGGAGCAGAUUUAAGUUUGAACAAACUUUCGGAUGUUGCUGUAUUAGAUACAUUUAAUGAUACUUUAUCUUGGACUAAGCAAAAAACAAAUGGAAAUUCACCUUCAGCUCGUUAUUCACAUACUUUUACUAUAGUAGGGAACAAUGCUAUUGUUGCAUAUGGAAGUACCUACGAUGGUGAAGCUAGUGAUCCAUCGAAAGCAUCAAAGGAUAACUUAACAUCACAAACAAAUAUCUUCAUCUUAGACGUAACAAAUUAUACUUGGAAAACUCAAUACGCUCCUCAAAAUCUUCCAACGAACGCUGGCGGAAUAAUUGGUGCAAUAGUAUUGGCAGUGGUAGCUGCAGUAAUAUUAGUUUGCUUCAUUAGAAGAAAAAGAAAAUCUACGUUUAUGUCAACACCAUAUGAAAAAACUCCAGCAGCGGUACCACCAAUUAUGGGACCUGCACCUGAAAACGAUGAUUCACCACCAACUAUACCACCAUUGACAAGUUUUCAAAAAGAUGGGAGUCUUGGCAGUGAUACCCGAGUUCUUAAUUCGGCAGAUCAACGAUCCUCUUUUGACAGUUCACAUAGUAACUUAUCUAAUAAUCGAUUAUAUAAUGAACAAUUGAAUACUGGAUAUCAAGGUGGUGAAUAUUCACCUCAUUCGGGAAUUUUCUCUGAUGAACUACUUCCAUUACCGACACAAUUUGGAGAUAAUAGUUCACAACAAUCAUUAACUAUACAAACCUAUCCAUCAGAAAAUUAUCAAACAUCAACCUAUACACCAGAAAAUCAUCAAACACAAUCCUAUACACCAGAAAAUUAUCAAACACAAUCCUAUACACCAGAAAAUUAUCAAACACAAGUGUAUCCACCAGAAAAUUAUCUACCAACUAGAAUACCAUUAACAAUAAACACUAGUAGGACACAAGAAUAUUCACCACGAAGUGAAUUUUAUAAUACACAAGGACAAUCAUAUCAACCACCUUCACACUCAUCAUCUCAAGAGAACUUAUCUUAUACGUAUCGUCCUGAUGAUAGAUCAUCACCAACUCAAGCAACACCAGAAAGUGACAGUAAUGAAGGCAUUGGAUUUAAAAGUCCAUUAUUUAGAACCGAAUCAUUAUCACCACUAGCAGGUAUGGCAACAACGAUACCAACUGAUUCUAGACCACUUAGUUUAAGAAGUGCAGCUAGAAUGAGCCAACCUUUAAGUGGAACAAGUACAGGUAUACAACCUAGCAGACUUAGAAAUGAAAAUCCUGAAAGUUUAGGUCAUAGCGGUAAUGAAACGAGGGAUGAUAAUGAUACACCAAAAGGUCGAUUAUUUGUUUCAAAUCCUGACCCAGGUUAUGAAAGUGAUCAAUCUUAA